AUGGAGAACAGAAAUUCGAAAUGGCUUCUUCUCUUUGCAUGUAAAAAUAAGUUGACUGAGAGCCAUUUUGCCAUUACUGGAAAGCUAUUUGCAUGUGGUGAGAAUGUUCAAAAUCAGAGCUGUGUUGUCAGAUGAGGUUUAUGAUGAAAUUUCUCUAGAGGAAAUAUUUGCUGUGGACGUUCAUGACAAAAAGAAAAUAUCUGUGCUAGUACGAGAGCUGUGUGGACUAUACCCAAUUUCAGAAUUAAGCCAUCUAAAGAGGGUGAGAUCUACAGAUGGUAUUAUACAGGUGCUCAUCUCUCCCACCAAUUCGGAAACUAUUGAAUCUUUUACCCAAAAACUCCGUCCUCGCAUUGAUUUCACGGGACUGGGCAGUGUGUCAAUUGUACAGGUCUGUAGAACGAAGCCUAUUACAAGAGCUCAGUUUGUGGCAGCAACAAAGUUUUGGCCCACAAACUUCCAUGAGAAUAAAAGGCUAGAGAAGGCACUUGGAGGUGAACUAUUUUCUGAGGAAGAAGCCUCUCUUAUCAAGUCUUUCAUGGACGCUGCUGGCUCAAAGAAUGGAGCUGACGAGCUGCUAGGUACUGCCGAUGGUGGAGCAGUUGUCGUUGACCCUCUUACUCACACCAUUGUGGCUCAAGGAGUAUCAGACUCACUACACCCUCUGAAGCAUGCAGUGAUGGUUGCUAUUGACAAUGUAGCCGUACAGCAAGGAGGUGGUGCCUGGAACCAGGGCAAAGCAAGUCUGCUGCAAGGCCAUCUCUCUGACAGUGGACUAAUCCCAGCUAAGGAAGAGGAAAUUAAUUCACAAGAUGUAGAGAUGCCUACUGCUAAACGUUCAAAGAAAUCAGCUCAAUAUCUGUGCACAGGAUAUGAUUUGUAUACUGUGAAAGAACCGUGUGUUAUGUGCUCAAUGGCAUUAGUGCAUUCACGGAUUGGCCGUGUAUUCUACUCUCAAAACAACAAUGAAGAUGGAGGACUUGGCUCAAAGUACAAGAUUCACUUGCAAGAAGGACUCAAUCAUCAUUUUGAAGUGUACAACACAUUGUCAUGAAUAAU